GAAGAUACUGAUCUAAUGAUCAGCAGGCAAAGAUUAUGUGUUGUUCUACCACCGAACUUUGAGAUACCAGUUUCUAUCCUAGUGUCUAACCACAGCAAUUUGGUAUACAGUAACCCAGUCAGCUUGAUACCAAAAAGCCGCUCACUGGGUAACCCCAACCUUUUGCCACUGGCCCAUCCUUCUUUGCAAAGAAAUAGCAUGUCUCCUGGUGUGACGCAUCAGCCUCUGAGUGCAGGUAACACAGGUGGCCUGAUGGGUGAAGACCUCACAAGGGGUGCAGGCACAAGUUCAGGAAAUGGGUAUGGCAACCCCCACAACUCACCAGGUCUGCUGGUCUCACCUGGCAACUUGAAUAAGAAUAUGCAAUCAAAAUCUCCACCCCAAAUGAAUUUGGGAAUAAACAACCAUAAACCAUAUCUCCCAGUGCUUAUUCCACCUGGCAGCAAAAAUACAGUGUCAUCGGUGUCUGAGGAUGUUAAUCUGCUUUUGAAUCAGAGGAUAAAUAACUCCCAGUCUGCUCAGUCAUUGGCUACUCCAGUAGUUUCCAUAGCAACUCCUACUUUACCAGGGCAAGGGAUGGGAGGAUACCCAUCAGCCAUCUCAACAACAUAUGGUACUGAAUAUUCUCUGAGUAAUGCAGAUAUAUCAUAUCUCUCUAGGUUUAACAAAGCCAAUGCUCUUCAUCUUGGUUCUGUGACUGGCUGGCAACAGCAACACCUACAUAAUAUACCACCAUCUGCCGUCAGUCACUUAGGAGCUUGCACUAGCGCUCAUUUAUCUCAGAGUACAAAUAUCUCCCUGCCUUCUACUCAAAGCCUUAACAUCAAGUCAGAACCUGUUUCUCCUCCUAGAGACCGUGCCGACACAUUCUCAAGAUACCCACAGCAUAUGCGCCAUGCGGUGGGGAGAUCUCCUGUUGACAGUUUGAGCAGCUGUAGCAGUUCAUAUGAUGGAAGUGACCGAGAAGAUCACCAUUACGAAUUCCACUCCCCCAUUGGACUCACCAGACCUUCACCAGACAAAAGAGAAAGCCCCUCUGUCAAGCACAUGUGGCUCUCUGAAGGAUGUGCAACACAAUAACCUUAUUAGGUGGGUUUUUUUCUUGUAGCGCAUGUGUGCUAUACCUUAAUGGGGGA